CUGGUCGGUCUCUGAUAUAGGCGUAUUUCACGCAGGCGUCGCUCCAGACUCCAUCGGGCGCCCGACGGAUCCUCAGCUCAACUGCGGCUAUAGGAGUGGACAUCGGAAAAGAGGUCUAUUCCUCCGUUCUCAGCUGAAGUCAACAUUUCCCAAAAGAGAAGGCGAAACCUACUUGGGCGGCACAGAAGUGCGCAGUGAAAGACAAUGCUUAUCGGUCCGCCCUCAGAAGCGUACUUGCUCCAGACUCCUUCGUUUGACAGAUGAAUCGCCACCUCAACUGCCGCUGUGGGAGUGGACGUCGCAAGUGAGUGACGAUGACGUCCAUUCCGGCAGAGGAAUCAGAGAGGGGGGAGCUUCACGAAUUCCUUCGAGGAGCCGACAUUCACUCCUAGUACGACAAAUUCAAAGAGAUAGAGACGAUGACGUCCGUUACGACAAAUGAAUCCAACCCGGAGCUUGAGAAGCUCCUUCAAGACGCUGACCUUUUCUCCUAUUACGACAAGUUCAUCGAUAUAGGCGGGGACAAUGUGCAGCAGCUUCGUGACUGCACGCCGGACGACUUCCAGGAGGUCAUCACCCUGGUACAUAUGGCCACAAAGCCACUUCACGUAAAGAGAUUGAAGAAAGCACUGAAAGAGUGGAAACCACAGCCAGUCUCAGGAACGUCCACGGCGGCAGAUGAAGCAAAAGGGGAGCUUCACGAACUACUUGGACGAGCGGGUCUGCUCUCCUACCACGGCAAGUUCAUGAGGAUAGGCGUGGACAAUGUUCAGCAGCUUUGUGACUGCACGGCGGAAAUAUUCCAGCGAGUGAUUGAACUUGUUGGCAUGGCCGAAAAGCAACUUCACGUCAAGAGAUUGAAGAAUGCGCUGGGCCAGUGGACACGACAGUCAGCCGUAACGACGUCCAUUGGGCGGAACCAGUCGGAGCGUGAACUCUACGAGCUACUUCAGCGAGCGGAUCUCCUCGCCUACUACAACAAGUUCAUUGAGAGAGGCUGGGUCAAUGUGCAGCGGCUUUUUGACUCGACGAAAGAAGAGCUUCAAGAGGUCGUCGACAGUGUUGGCAUGGCUGAAUACACAUUUCACGUCAUGAGAUUGGAGAACGCACUGGCACAUUGGCCAUGGAACCCAGACACAAUGGAGCCCACUCCGGCAAAGAAACAAAAACAACCGGAGAUUUGCGAACUCCUUGAACAAGCGGGACUUGGCUGUUACGAGAAGAAAUUCAUGGAAAUAGGCGCAGACUAUAUGCAGCAGCUUCACGACUUGACUGGCGAAGAGUUCCAUGAGGUCAUCGACCAGGUAAAGAUGUCCAGGAAGCCGAUUCAUAUAAAGAAACUCAAGAAGGUACUCGAAGAAUGGACGAGGCACGCAGGCACAUUGCAAGUUCGCCCACCAACAGUGGACGAGAGAUCUUCUGAGACUGCGGAUGUCAGAGCUAGGAUGCAUUCUGCCAUCGACAGGAGAGACGUCGAGCAAGUGCGAAAGUAUAUGCAGGAUAACCCUUUGCUAAAGAUGUGGCUCAAUCCACAUACGGAUGAGUCGGCUUUACAUCGAGCUGUGAAGAAGAACGCAUUUAAAGUGUAUGGCCUUCUGCGGUCGGAGAAAUGUGAAUUCAAGGACACUGACGAAAGCUAUUGUUUGUCGCGCUUGAAUAAGCUGCAAAGGUCAGAACUCGUGCGACAAGAACAUUUUGUAACCCGGUCCCGGGAAUCUCACAUCCAUGCUCUCAAGAGCAGAUCGAAGAGCCAAGCCGCUUGUGAAGGAUUUGACGAAAUUCUCGAUAACUUGUAUCGUGCUCUCGACAGCAGCGACUUACUCCGGCCCGUGUUGAAAGUGGCAUCAGAGGCCCCCCAUUUGAGUAUUCUCUUCGGCUUUGAGCAAGAGCACACCCACUGGAUGACGGGCCACGGCAGUGAAUGCCUCGGGUUAACUCUCCUAGAAAAACAAAGAAUCUUUGUGGGAGCCAAGGGGCUCCACGGGGGACCAACGCAAGACACGAAUGAUCGCACAAAUGAAGUCGCAGGGACCAUGGCCCACGAGCUAUGUCAUUUGGCUCUAUCUCUGGUAUACAAAAAUAAAGGAAGGCCCUAUCGGCACAGGGAUGCAAUCAGAAGAGGCCAUUACGCAAGUAUCCUGGAGGACGCUAAAGGUAGAAAGCAAGACUUGCAUUAUAUCUUAAAAUGGGUAUUUAAUGAGGAAGCCGAAAAUGAGGAUGCCGAAGCAGAACUCAUUGUUCGUGUUCCUCAUAUUCUUGCUCUUGAUCCUACGGAAGGCGACAAAAUCCUCGAGAAACAAGUCCCGAGACUCUACCAAUUCUUCAAAGAGGACGUCAUCCAUGAUAUGGUACUUUGCACACAGAAUGACUGUCCCAUAAAGGAAAGCGAAAUAAUCAGGGAGUUCAACGCAAAAUUAGGAAGGGCGUCAUCAACAGAGGAUCUGAACAUAACAUUUCAGACAAGGCUUCAGCAGAGCGUUCUUGUAUAUAAGCCGUUUGUUGUCCUUGCAGCAUCGAAUUUGUUGUUCCUCGAAGCAAUGGUUAAUGACCUCGUGAGAGAACAAGAUGUUCCCUAUCUGUUUCUCGAAGCAUCACAGUGGAAGCAGGAAACACGUAAGAUCCUAGACAAGAACAAGUGCAGGUUCUUGCUCCUAUCGUGUGAGGGCAAAACUGACCUCCAAGGCAUUCUUCAGUACUCAGAAAAACUGCAUGACAUCACCGGCACGAACGUCAUUCUGCUGACGUCAAACACCAACCUGGAGCACUGUCGCCAUGAGGUUAAAAAGAUACCACUAUCUGAGAGCGAAGUUGUCGAAGACAUACAGUGUGCUAGUUAUGAGAAUGUGAGGCCAGUGUGCAAGAAAGCAAUUAUAGAAAUGUCACAGAUCGCACUUCAGUCUCCCGACCACCAGUCUUCUAUUCACCGCAUCCUAGAUACGGAUCGGUUUUUGGAAAUUUGCCCCGAGAACACGUUUCUAACAUUGUGCAGAGAAAAGGUUCUGCAUUUUGGCCCACAGCUGAAGGCACUUAGCAAAAAUGUGAGCAAGUGCUACAUUGAACAAAAGUGUCGAAGGUCCACUGAAGUGGAUUUGAGAAAGGUCGAAGAGCGUUCUAGGCACGACGCUUUCGCUAUCCUCGGAUGCACAGAGGAAACACUCCGGUCAUUUCUACCAAAACUGCAUGCUCUGAAGCGAAUGAGCACCUUGGACAAGUUCGAGGAAAUUGUCAUUCUGGACAGUGGCGGUGACUACAACAAUCUUGUUGACAUGAAAUACUACAAGGGGAAGACAGUUCACCUGCUAGAAUUCGGUGAUGGAUGCUUAAUGUGGAGAAAAUCAAACGGCGCCCUAAGUCACCUUCCCAUGAUCGGUGAAGAAAACUGCUCAGCAAUUUCUCUACUUGAAAGAAGUGAGAAAGUCGUCGUUGUGUCCGGAGACUCAGGAAUGGGAAAAACCGUGUUGGCGACCUGGCUUUGCACAAAAAUCAAGGACUCAGACAAGCAAGCAUGGGUGCUUCAUGUCAGUAACUAUCCGCAGGUGCAAGAGGCUAUGACUAUACACAGUGGACAAACUGGUGUAAUUAAUUUCAUACCGUUCGCGAAGUUGUGUGGCGUGUCAACAAGCGGAGUAGAGUUUGAACUGUUCCAGGAAAGCGUCACUGAGGGACGUCCGUUUAACGUGUGGGUCAUUUUCGACGCCCUUGACGAAAUUCAGGAGACCAGCCGGAAAAUGAUCCUUGAUCUCACGAAGGUCUUGGUGAAAGCAAAGCUUUCUAAGAUACUACUGUUCACACGCACCAUAUGUACAAAUUCGAUUCAAGAUGAAAUGCACGUGGUGUCUUUCCACAUGAAUCCGUUCUCCAAGGACGACCAAGCGCAAUUUCUGCAGAAAUACACCGAUCAAACGCCAUCUUCGCUAUCCAAUACUGAGGCCAUUGACAAAACGUUCGAAAAGAUACUUCGUCACGUUACAGUCAAUUACAGCUCCAUUCUAGGCAAUCCUCUUCUUCUCCGAAUGAUGGCCGAGGUGGGGCGAGGGGAAACCUCUGAUCCCGAUUACUGCGGCUUGGUACAAAGCAUGUUGAACUCUCAUAAUUGCUAUCUACUGUUAUCCGUGUACAGGUUGUUUGUCGAGUACAACUACCUGCGAUAUCGCAAAGAAAAAAAGAAUGAGGAUAUAGGAAAAGCCGCCGCCCAAGAUGAUGACAUGAGGUUGAAGCCGAAAUUUUACGAGGACUAUGGUCGCCUAGCAGUCAAGGCUGUUCUCUCCCAGGACGUCCUCAACGGACUACUAAGUGAAACUGAGUCGCGUGACUUGGAACCCAGUGGGACGCUAAUGACGGACGUCAAGGAGAACAGGCUAAAACACGGUCUCAUACAGGAAUUGAGCAACGAUGUGCCUCGCUUUGUGCAUCACAGCUUCGCCGAGUUUUUCGCAGCAGAUUCGCUCUUCAAGAGGCUACAAAAAGUGGAUGCUAGAAGCCGUGAAAAUAUGACACGUAUAGUCUCCAGGUUGUAUGGAGAAUCUAGCUAUCAGGGCAUGUUGAGUUUCUUGGAUGGUUUAGCAGCAGAGCGACACGUAGUACACGGCAGUAUUAUGAAUAACGACCUAGAGAGCUUCAAAGAAGCUCUAGAAAAUGAUUGCUCUCUAGACAGCCUCGAAAGAACGCCUCUGCACGUCGCGGCGCUGCACGCUGAUCACGAUAUCUUAAAGUAUAUUCCCGUUAAUGAAGCGCUGGCACAGAAAGAUAUGAUAGGUAUGACACCUCUCAUGUACGCUGAUCAGAUUCAAUCCUGGGACAGAUUAGACGCCUUCUGCGCUCGUGGUGGCGGUUUUCCUCUCAAUUGGUUUGAACAACUACCGACGGUGCUCGCGAACCUCAUCUCUCAACGAGGUCUUAAUAGUUUCUUUUUACAAGACGUCGUUUACGCGCGACGUAAGGGACUGUUAUCUGUGCUGCUUAGAGAGUUUUGCAAAAUUAAGAUAUAUUCCAGUGACACCUGCAUUGAGAGUGCACCACGAUACUUCAUGGAAAACGACUGCCCCGAUCAGGACGUGAUAUAUACCCCUGUAGAUAUUGACCGUAUUAAUUUUGCCGGUUUCUUUACGCCUUUAUAUAUCAGCAUCAAUGAUGACGAACUUGAUAUUUUCCAGAUGCUUCUUCCUUAUUCCUCACUAAACUUUAGUGAUAGGUUUGAACAAACAGCGUCCAGUGAAUGCGUUGCCCUCGGUCGUACGGACAUGCUGAAGCAUCUACUCCCUUUAACACCUGUAUUACCGUACCGCGAUGUAUGUCAGAGUAAACCUGAUACUGUAGACGUUCUACUCCCACAUUUGUUGGCCGAAUUCACUAUUACGCGGGGCCUCUUGCAUAACAGCAUUGAUAUGGGACACAAUAGAGUAACGAGAGCUAUUCUUCCUCACACUGAUGCAAGUGAUCGCAAUAUGCAUCGAGGCAAAACGGCUUUACAAGUAAGCGUGAACUCUGGUUACUUGGGUGGGGUGAGACUUAUGCUGCCUUACUCUGACGUUUAUGGAAUUGACAUGCAUGUCCUAGCUCCACUUCUCAUGGAUGUUGACGACAGAGAUUCACUGCAUAGACGGAUACUACGUAGGAUACGACAGUUGGAGGACGUGGUAGACAAAAAGGGGAGUAAUGACGCAUUUGCCAUUGCACAACUCCUCAUUCUUCACUCGAACAUGGUCUCUCUUAACAUUGACGCCAAAACAAUUCUACUGAUUGGCAUCAAGUGUAGAAACCCCCUUGCCACUUUCAAACUAUUUCUUCCUCAUCUGUCAGGCACAUCCCAUGAUAUAAGACAACAAAUAUCAGCCCAUUAUCCUUUAACGGCUGGAGAGCAAGGUAUCCUAAAGUAUCUCAUUUCUUACACUCCGAUUAACACUCCCGGUGAGGAUGGAUAUACACCACUCGCUACCUGCUGCCGUAAUGGAUACUUGACAGCGGCGAAGCUUCUCGUUCCUCUUACAGCAUUUGGCGAACUUGAAAGCUUACCACUGCAGGGGAGUGUGCUCAGAAGCAAGUGUGAUAUCGUAGAGAUGAUUCUCCCCCACUCCUUCAAACAUCAGUGUAACAGAGCUUUAUCAAUGGCGAUUGAUGUGACAGACAUGAAUACGAUGAAAUUACUCCUACCCGUUGCUGAUGUGAACGGUCUUGCAAUGAUGACUAAGUGGCGUGGAAUUGUGAAGCGAGGUGACUGGGCAUCGGUGCAGCUUUUUCUAUCUUACACGAAUACACGUGAGAGCGACAUCAGCCAGAACGUAUGGUUAUUGUUCAGUGCCUGCAAAACGUCGAAAGAGCAAGAAAAAGAUGAGGAAGAAGAAGAAGACGAAGAAGAAGAAGCAGGGGCAGAAGAAGGAGAAGAAGAAGAAAAUGAAGAAGAGGGGGAGGGAGAAGAAACGGAAGAAGAGGAAGAAGAUGAUGAUGACGACAGUGAUGAACAGAAUGGUGAAAUGCGCGAUCUACAUAUCACGAUAUUAAAGCUGCUUAUCCUCCACUCGAACUUUAAUAUUGUGGAUGCAGGCCGUGCGCUGCCACUCGACCGGAGCGUCCCAAGCAUUCAGAUGAUGGAGCUGCUCUGCCCUGAUCCUUCGCUGAAAAAGCUAAUAUUGCCACAUUCGGCACUCAGGACCCGUAGUAUAAGUGUAGCAGAGUUCAUGCAGUGCGUUGCAAUCACUGAAAAGCAGGAUGUACUAAGGUAUAUCAUUUCCAUCACCCCAAUUAACACUCCGGAUGAAAACAGAGAUACACCACUGGCUUACUGCAGUUGUAAUGGAUACUUGACAGCGGUGAAGCUUCUCCUUCCUCUUACAGCAUUUGGCGAACUUGAAAGCUUACCAUUGCUGGGGAGUGUGCUCGGAAGCGAGCGUCGUGUCGUAGAUAUGCUUCUCCCCCACUCCUUCAAACAUCAGUGUAACAGAGCUUUGUCAAUUGCGAUUCAUAUCACAAACAUGGAUACGAUGAAAUUACUCCUACCAGUUGCUGAUGUGAACGGUCUUGCAAUGAUGACUAAGUGGCGUGGAAUUGUGAAACGAGGUGACUGGACCUCGGUGCAGCUUUUUCUACCAUACACGAACACACAUGAGAACGACAUCAGUCAGAACAUACCAUUAUUAUUGAAUGCCUGCACAACGUCGAAACAACAAGAAAAAGGUGAUCAAGAGGAUGAAGAAGAGGAGAAGGGAGGAGAAGAAGUGGAAGAAGAGGAAGAAAGUGAUGAUGACGACAGUGAGGAACAGAAUGGUGAAAUGCGCGUUCCACGUAUCAAAAUAUUAAAGCUGCUUAUCCUCCACUCGAGCUUUAAUAUUGUGGAUGCUGAUCGGGCUCUCUCACUCGACCGGAGCGUUACAAGCAUUCACAUUAUGGAGUUGCUCUGCGCGGAUCCGUCACUGAAAAAGCUAAUAUUGCCACAUUCGCCACUCAGGACCCGCAGUAUAAGUGUAGCAGAGUUCAUGGAGUGCGUUGCAACCACUGAAAAGCAGGAUGUUCUAAGGUAUAUCAUUUCCUUCACCCCAAUUAACACUUGGGAUGAAAACGGAGAUACACCACUGGCUUACUGCAGCUGUAAUGGAUACUUGACAGCGGUGAAGCUUCUCAUUCCUCUUACAGCAUUUGGUGAACUUGAAAGCUUACCAUUGCUGGGGAGUGUGCUCGGAAGCGAGCGUCGUGUCGUAGAGAUGCUUCUCCCCCACUCCUUCAAAUUUCAGUGUAACAGAGUUUUGCCAAUUGCGUUUGAUAUGACAAACAUGAAUACGAUGAAAUUACUCCUACCAGUUGCUGAUGUGAAGGGUCUUGCAAUGAUGACUGAGUGGCGUGGAAUUGUGAAACGAGGUGGCUGGGCCUCGGUGCAGCUUUUUCUACCAUACACGAACACACAUGAGAGCGACAUCAACCAGAACAUACCAUUAUUAUUGAAUGCCUGCACAACGUCGAAACAACAAGAAAAAGGUGAUCAAGAGGAUGAAGAAGAGGAGAAGGGAGGAGAAGAAGUGGAAGAAGAGGAAGAAAGUGAUGAUGACGACAGUGAGGAACAGAAUGGUGAAAUGCGCGUUCCACGUAUCAAAAUAUUAAAGCUGCUUAUCCUCCACUCGAGCUUUAAUAUUGUGGAUGCUGAUCGGGCUCUCUCACUCGACCGGAGCGUUACAAGCAUUCACAUUAUGGAGUUGCUCUGCGCGGAUCCGUCACUGAAAAAGCUAAUAUUGCCACAUUCGCCACUCAGGACCCGCAGUAUAAGUGUAGCAGUGUUCAUGCAGUGCGUUGCAAUCACUGAAAAGCAGGAUGUACUAAGGAAUAUCAUUUCCUUCACCCCAAUUAACACUUCGGAUGAAAACGGAGAUACACCACUGGCUUACUGCAGCUGUAAUGGAUACUUGACAGCGGUGAAGCUUCUCAUUCCUCUUACAGCAUUUGGUGAACUUGAAAGCUUACCAUUGCUGGGGAGUGUGCUCGGAAGCGAGCGUCGUGUCGUAGAGAUGCUUCUCCCCCACUCCUUCAAAUUUCAGUGUAACAGAGUUUUGCCAAUUGCGUUUGAUAUGACAAACAUGAAUACGAUGAAAUUACUCCUACCAGUUGCUGAUGUGAACGGUCUUGCAAUGAUGACUGAGUGGCGUGGAAUUUUGAAACGAGGUGACUUGGCCUCGAUGCAGCUUUUUCUACCAUACACGAACACACAUGAGAGCGACAUCAACCAGAACAUACCAUUAUUAUUGAAUGCCUGCACAACGUCGAAACAGCAAGAAAAAUGUGAUGAAGAGGAUGAAGAAGAGGAGAAGGGAGGAGAAGAAGUGGAAGAAGAGGAAGAAAGUGAUGAUGACGACAGUGAGGAACAGAAUGGUGAAAUGCACGUUCCACGUAUCAAAAUAUUAAAGCUGCUUAUCCUCCACUCGAGCUUUAAUAUUGGGGAUGCAGAUCGGGCUCUGCCAUUCGACCGGAGCGUCGCAAACAUUCACAUAAUGGAGUUGCUCUGCCCGGAUUCUUCGCUGAAAAAGCUAAUAUUGCCACAUUCGCCACUCAAGACCCGCAGUAUAAGUAUAAGUGUAGCAGAGUUCAUGCAGUGCGUUGCAAUCACUGAAAAGCAGGAUGUACUAAGGUAUAUCAUUUCCUUCACCCCAAUUAACACUUCGGAUGAAAACGGAGAUAGACCACGGGCUUACUGCAACCUUAAGGGAUACUUAACAGCCGCGAUGCUUCUCCGUCCUCUUACAGCAUUUGGCGAAAUUGAAAGCGUACCAUUGCUGGGGAGUGUGCUCCGAAGCAAGUGCCGUAUCGUAGAGGGGCUUCUCCCCCACUUUUUCAAACAUAGCAUCGACAUCGUGUUGCGAGUUGCCGUUACGCUCGGGCGCGCGGAUGCCAUGAAAUUGGUUCUUCCCCAUGUUAAUUUGAACGCCCGUACAGUAAUGAAAAGGACGGCGUGGCAUGAUAGCGUGCGCCGAGUUGACUGGGUAUCCGUGCAGCUCUUUCUGCCGUACACAGGUAGACACGAGAGUGACAUGAGCAUAAACACGGCGCUGCUGUUGAAUGCUUGCAAAGAGUCGAAACCCAGUGACGAAUCAUCGAAGGGAAACCAUAAGCAGACCGGGGAAAUGGACGCUGGAGUUGUCAAAGUAUUGAAGCUGCUUAUCCUCCACGCGAGGUUCAAUAUUGUGGAUCGGGCUCUGCCACUCGACGGGAGCAUCAAAAACAUUCACAUGAAAAAGUUACUACAACCGCAUUCGAAGAUCAAGGAGCCUCGGCUUGUUGACACAUUGCGUAGCGUACGCCGCAUGCGGAAACUCUCUCUGCAAUAUUCAUUGUUUUUAUAGUCACCACAGAUGUUCCAUUACGCUUUACCUGUUCGAUUUGCCGUUCUUUCUGUCGUCAUACCAUGCUGCAAAAUCAUUACCGCUUUAACGAUCAUCUACUCUUCUCAUCAAUCUGACAAUUUUUGCGUCACGGUGUCGUUCUCGAUUGAUGUUCUUUUUUUUAUAUAGUGUCGUUUUCCUCCAACGGUUGCGUCGUCUUGAUGACUUUUCAUGUGGCCUCUUGCAGUGGACUUUAAUGUUGUAAAGCUAUCUCAGUCUGUCCAUUCUCCACAACGCUAACGAACGGAGUAGUAUCCACUUGCCAGGAAAUGACACUUCCUGGAGACACAGUGCAUGCAUGGGGACAUUGUCCCGAGUUUAUAUCAUCUACCCAUCCCAGGGGCACACUUCAGCUACACAACGGUAUCAUGCGUAAUAAUAGUAGUAUUAACAACAAUAUAAUGACGCGUUAUAACAUCGCCAGUGUAUACCUGCUUCUUCGUAGACCACGCAUUCAAUGUCUUCCGGUAAUAAAUAUUGAUGGCAGUUGA